AUGACACCUGGAGUUACAUACGUAAACGCUGAUUCAGUAUCAUUAUAUCUUAAUUAUGAACAGGAAUUUAAUGAUACUGCUAUAUCAGAUACAAGAAAUGAUAGUGGUUCCGGUGGAAAUCCUGGACAAAUAUGUGGUAAAAUGGUUAAAAAUUGUCCUGAUUUUACUACACCAUGCCAACAGAUUGGUAGAUACUUAAUUGAAAUAAAGCAAAAACACCAUUCUAAUAGCCCUAAACGUUGUAAAUACUUGAAGUAUAGGAUAAAUUCAGACAAUAAUUAUAACAAUCCUAAUUUGCUCCAGAUAUAUAAAGAAUUUUCAUCCAAAACAGAAAAUGUAUGCAAAGAGGAAAUAAAAACUAUUCAGCAGGAAUCUUUAAAAAAUCUUAAAGAACUAUAUAGCUAUUAUGAUAAUUUCAACAAAUUUAAGGGUAAAGACGAAGAUUCCGGUGGUCAUAUUUGUAGUGAUAUUAAUAAUCUUUAUAGCUUGUAUAAGAGUAAUUACGAAAAAUGUCAAAAAAAUAGUGAUGACGCUUUUUGUGAGGAGUUAUCCAAUUUUAAGGAAGCAUAUGAAAAUAAAAUGAAAACGUUAACUCCAUGCGAUGGUUUACCAAUAACUUUACCCACAAAAUUACUACAAACAUUAGAACCUGAAAAAACAGAUCAUGUAUUUAUUCCCAGUCUAACAACGGCUCUCAUAUUACUAAUAUCUUUCACUUUAUUUUUUUUAUAUAAGUUUACUCCAUUGAAAUCGUGGUUACAUAAUCAUUUGCGAAGGAAAAAAAUAAUUGAAUUUAACAAUAUUGCAAAAGAAACAAGAGAAUCAUUACAAAGCACACAAGAAGUUAUAAACAUAAGUUAUGACGAAAACCUUCAUAAUAUAGGCUACCAUCCUCAAAGAGAAACUUAA